CAUUUUUCAGGUUUUCUCUUUCUUUCAUUUCCUCUCCUUUCUCAUCCAGCCAGACAGCCAGCCUCAAUGGCUGCUUAGCCUUUUCCUCUCUGGAUUAAUCCCAAAACUUAUUCAUUGUUAGGAUUGUGAUUUAGAAGAAUAAAGACAGGAUGGCCUUCCAGAGCUACUUGAUAACUCUCGGCCUCCUGUCUGUCUCCCUCAUCACAACUGCUAGUGCCACCACGGCCCCAAUGUUCCGUGAAGCACCUGCAUUUAUGAAUGGGGACGAAUGCACCAACUCUUCAAUCCAUGUGGCAAUGACCCUUGAUGCAAACUACAUCCGGGGCACCAUUGCUGCUGUUUUAUCCAUUCUGCAGCAUUCCACCUGCCCAGAAAACGUCGUGUUCCACUUCCUCUGGUCCCAACAUGACCCUGAAAUCUAUUCCAGCAUCAACUCCACAUUCCCUUACCUCAAUUUCAACCUCUAUCCCUUUGAUUCAAACCGAGUCCAGGACAAAAUAUCCAAGUCCAUUCGCCAAGCCCUUGAUCAGCCUCUAAACUACGCCAGAAUCUACCUGGCAGAUAUCUUACCAGAGCAAGUAGAACGUGUAAUCUACCUAGACUCUGAUCUUGUACUGGUAGAUGACAUUACAAAACUAUGGCAAGUUGACUUGGAGGACAAAGUACUAGCAGCACCUGAAUAUUGCCAUGCAAAUUUCACACAAUAUUUCACACCUGCUUUCUGGUCUGACCCCGAAUAUGCCAACACAUUUGAAGGGCGAACGCCAUGCUACUUUAACACAGGAGUCAUGGUGGUAGACCUCGACAAAUGGAGACAAGGAGGGUACACACAGAAAGUUGAGGCAUGGAUGAUAGUGCAGAAGCAGAAGAGGAUAUACCACCUGGGAUCAAUGCCGCCUUUUUUGUUGGUCCUGGCAGGAAACAUAAAAGCCGUAGAUCACAGAUGGAAUCAGCAUGGUUUAGGCGGUGAUAAUUUAGAGGGGAAAUGUAGAAAUUUGCAUCCGGGGCCUAUUAGUUUGUUGCACUGGAGUGGGAAAGGUAAGCCAUGGUUGAGGUUGGAUUCCAGAAAACCAUGCACUGUCGAUCAUCUAUGGGCUCCGUACGAUCUCUAUCGUUCUUCCACUCAUCUUUUCGAAUAAUCUUGAGAUGCACAUCAAGGUUAACAGACCAACAGAAUUACAUUUAUAUAUACACACAUUUAAUCUUUGGUUAUUCGAUGUCUAAGCUAAGAACAAUGACCAGAGAUCUCCUAUAUAUAAAUGUAAUUGCGAGGAAAAGGAGGAGAAAAGUGGUGGUUUUAUGAUAUCGAAGAUCAGAGUAUUAUUAUUUGCUUACAGUCCUUAAUUUCUUCUUUCCUUUUCCUCGAAAAACAAAUUUUGAAGGAAAAAUUAGAGAGGGGGGCACAGGGGAGUAGAUUUUCUGUUCAUAUGUGUUUUGUGUUUCUUCUGGUGUUAAUCAGCAUUUGGAUGAUAAUAGACCUUGCAUUUGUGUU